CCCAUAGACAAGUUUGAGAAAUUGUCCAAGAGUUUCUACUAUCAUUUGCAAUCUUCUGUUAUUGAAUGUCAAGGGCUUAUUGUGCCAAGAAGAAAGAAAAUGAGAAAAACAAUAUGAUUGGUGUACUGUUUGGUACUUCUGAAACUGGUGCGACCAAAUUACAUUUCACAAUCCUUCCCCCUAAAUUAGAAAUCCAAGCUCCAUGUUCUGCAUGAUCAUCCUUCUCUCCGUCUCUGUCACCGUUCCAGACGAUGACGACCUACGGAACCAUCCCGACAGAACGUUUGCCAUCCUCGAACCUAGAUAUCGUUUCACAAGCAAAAGGACAGAUUGAAUUAUGCCUUGGCAUACAAAGACCAUGGCUGGAGAUGAUUCAGCUCCAAGAUCUCAAACCUCCCUCCUCCUUCAACCAAUCAAUCCAAAGAAUCAGGACAAACGUAGCCUUCUUCCGCAUGAACUACGCCAUUAUCAUAUUGACCAUUCUCUUCAUAAGCCUUCUAUGGCACCCCAUCUCAUUGAUGAUCUUCAUCGUCACGAUGGCUGCAUGGUUGUUUCUAUAUUAUUUACACGACAAACCCUUGGUGGUUGUAGGCUAUGAAAUCGAUCAACGAUUCCUAAUGGCAGCUUUGUUCUUGGUCACAGCCCUGAUACUUUUCCUUACCAAUGUGAAAUAUAACAUUAUAAUGGCACUCUCUAUUGGCCUUGCUUUUGUUUUGGUUCAUGGAGCCUUAAGGGAGCCAGAGGAUGUCUUGACUGUGGAUGAUGAAGAAGGGCUUGCAUCAGGUGGUGGCCCUGUUCUAAAAGUCCCUCUAAAAAAUGCUGCCUCUUCUUCUUAUUCUCUGUCCCAAUAGUGGAUUUGUCAUGUUUCCAAAAUUUCCGUGGUUCUUUUUCUUUUUCUUUACUUUAGACGUUUGUAAAUUGAUGGUAAAUUCUGGGUUUGGUGACGUGUGUAAUACAAAGGACGGUGAAUGAGUCUCAGAUCUGUAAAUUUGUAUAUAA